UCCGGCGGCGCCCGGGAGCCGCUCGGAGAAUGCACCCGUCCCAUUCCCCCUCCUCCUUCUCCUCCGUCUCCUUCUCCUGCUGCAGCCCCGGGCCGGGCAGAGGCGCCGUGAGGAGCAUGGGGAGCUGCUGGCUGCGCCUGGCCGCGCUGCUCGCCCUGGGCGCCCGGGCCAGCCUGGAGUACGAGGGAUCGGGAUAUUCACCCCUUGAAGAUGAUGAGGAUGUUUAUGCACGCAGUAGAUACAAAGAAACACCGUGGUGCUCCCCCAUUAAAGUGAAACAUGGUUAUGCAAACUGCAGGACACCUCAAGGGGAAUAUUACAAGAAUGUGUUGGGCACAAGAUGUGAUAUUCGCUGUCAGAAGGGCUACGAGCUGCAUGGCCCUCACCAGCUAAUUUGUCAGUCAAGCAAACGCUGGUCUGGGAAGGUGCUCUGCAAACAAAAGCGUUGCCCUACCCUGUCCAUGCCAACCAACGGGGGCUUCAAGUGUUUGGAUGGUGCCUACUUUGGCUCGAGGUGUGAGUACUACUGCUCCCCGGGGUACCAGCUGAAGGGGGACCGCAUCGUCACCUGCAUGGACAGCAAGGCCUGGAGCGGCCGGCCGGCGGCCUGCGUCGACACUGAACCUCCGAGGAUCCAGUGCCCGAGCGUGAAGGAGAAAUCCGCGGAGCCCAACAAGCUGACAGCCAGAGUGUUCUGGGACACCCCGGAGGGACGCGACACCGCCGACGGGAUUCUCACCGAUGUUAUUUUGAAAGGCCUGCCACCAGGGUCACAUUUUCCAGAAGGUGACCACAAAAUCCAAUAUACUGUGUAUGACAGAGCUGAAAACAAAGGAACUUGCAAAUUUCUUGUUAAAGUCAGAGUCAGGCGCUGUGUGAAGUUAAAUGCCCCAGAUAAUGGCUACAUCAAGUGCUCAGGUGAUGGAAAUAACUAUGGUGCUACCUGUGAGUUCUCCUGCAUUGGUGGCUACGAGCUGCAAGGAAGCCCAGCUCGAGUCUGCCAGUACAAUUUGGGGUGGUCAGGAGUGGAGCCAACCUGUGCACCCAUGAAUAUUAAUGUGAAUGUGAGGACUGCAGCUGCACUUCUGGAUCAGUUUUAUGAGAAGCGGAGACUGCUGAUCAUUUCAACUCCUACUGCUGCUAACUUCUUCUACAGGAUGCAGCUGGGGAUGCUGCAGCCAGCACAGUGUGGGUUAGACCUGCGGCACGUCACCGUGGUGGAGCUGGUUGGUGUCUUCCCAGCACAGAUAGGAAGAAUAGGAGUGAAGCUGCUGCCCCCAUCACUUGCCCUGCAGCUCAGCCCAGAGUCUCAACAAUCCACUGCAAAGAAUACACAUCAUGCAUGAAGAAUACAAGUAUCAGAGGAGUGAAAACUGUGAGUUACAGUUUGGAUGCCUGUUCACAGGGUAUGAUACAUAAUUUGACUGUCUGAGCUAGCACUCCAGCAUCUGUACUGUUCAUUCCUGCUUCUCAAGAGCACAGUCUUUUUUCAGCCAAAUGCUUGUUUGACUUUGACCAUAAGGUGGAGUUUGAAAUUUUACAGUGUUGUCAGCAAAAGUACAAUUUUAGCACCAUCUUUAAAGCAAUCCUUACCAGAAUUUGGUCUCUUGCAUCCUCUGAAAUGGGAAAGAAAGAAAGAAAGAAAGAAAGAAAGAAAGAAAGAAAGAAAGAAAGAAAGAAAGAAAGAAAGAAAGAAAGAAAGAAAGAAAGAAAGAAAGAAAGAAAGAAAGAAAGAAAGAAAGAAAGAAAGAAAGAAAGAAAGAAAGAAAGAACAACAACUUUCAAAAAAUAUUGGUCCUGCAAGUGAAUUAAUGAGGGAGUGGUUAUGAAGAAAGGUAAGUAGCCUUGACACCAGCUAGCAAAAGCUAAUUUGUGGGCUGAAGCAUGACAGCACCAAGGAGGAGCUGUGUGUUCAGAUGCCAUUUCUUCUCCCAGGGUUAGGAGAGUGUUGCUGAACACCCAAGAGCAGCUGUGAAAUCAUGCCUUGGCUCUGCAGUGCUAGUGCCAAAGGCCAAGAAGGUCAGGAUACACCCUGCAGGUGGUGGUGCCAAGUUUGCCAGGAUGAGCAACUGAGGGGCAAGGAAGCCCUGAGCUUUCCAAGUGUUGCUGUUAGGAACAGGAGGAAAGGUCAAGAUUGGUGACUGAAACCACAGAAAUGCCAUUUUUCUUCCAGACCUGACUAAACAAACAAUAAAUGUUGAACCCACUGUAAAUGAGCAAGGAGGGUGAGUGCCUGUGGGAUGGUGGACACAGCUGUACCCCAAGCUUCCUUCCCUCUGUCAGUGGUUAAGGAAAUCAGGGCUGGACACACCAAGGACCUGGACCUAUGGAAGGAGAGCAGAGAAGAGCCACUGAUGUGGCCCAAGGGCUGGAGCACCUCUGCUAUGGAGCCAGGCUGAGAGC